AUGAGUCUUGUCACUACGCAGUCGAGGAGAAACGAUUACCUCCAAGAGUUACAAGGCCGGACCGGUGUCAUCACCCUUUCCGGCCCAGACAGAGACGUCGAUGACGGAACUGCCUUCCGUGAUGCCCAAAAUGCCAAUCACGCAUCAUAUCAACAGACCAUCCCAAUACCAUCUGUAGCCCAACUAAGUUUAUCUGUCGCUAACGAUACCCGGGGCCGGGAAUGCGAUGUGACCGGAAGGGGUUCACCAUCUAGCACUGCUCCUCGAAGAAGCCUCUCUCGGGGCGAGGCCUUGGUUCCUGCUAUUGGGAAUCUAGACUCAGAGUCUGGAUUUGGACAGAAUCCAUUGGCAAGCGAAGACUAUGCCUUUGCGGCCGCAGCGGGACGAUGCUGGUAUAUGGCCCCGAUCUCAUCAUGGUCAUUCUGCAGACGCGUCUUGGCUCUGCUAGGCAAGUGCAUACCCGAAGCCGACGGAGACCAGUGGCACAGGCAAGACAAGGGCGCAUACAACAUGCAGUGGACGCCGUUGGGACCCAAUGAGGAGGUUGAUAUCAGCAACUUGCCUCAUCGAGACCACACGUUGUUUCUUAUUGGUGCGGCCAAGUUCUAUCUGAACAACUAUCUGGGCCUCAUAGACGAGCCCGAAUUCACCAAGGGUGUUUAUGACCUCUACGAGAGACCGGCCGAGAAGGCAAACAGCUCGAGGACAUGGUACGCCCAUUUCCUCCUCGUGCUUGCAUAUGGCAAAGCCUACUCCAAAGGCAACAAUAGUCGAGGCCCUCCCGGAUCUCACUACGCGCUACAAGCGAUGACAAUGCUUCCAGACAUGUCGGGACUUUAUGCGGACCCAGUUUUAGCUGUUCAGACCUUGACGCUAGCUUCUAUGUGGUUCCAGUCCGUAGAUAUGAGAAUCGCCGCUUACUACCAUAUCAGCCAAGCGAUGCGUACCUGUAUCAUGGAGGGCAUGCAUCGCCAUAUGCCCGAACAAAUCGUUGGGGCGAAGCAGUCGAAACGAGCAUGUGUGGCUUUUUGGGCGAUAUACACUAUGGAGAAGGAAUUUUCCUCUUCCAUCGGAGCCCCCAGCGCUCUGCAGGAUGAGGCUAUCACGGCCAAGCCCCCUUCACAGAUGAAUAGUUCCGUUGACGCGGUGAACAUGGAACUGCAUGUGAGGCUAACCAGAUUGACAGCACGCAUCUUGUCUACGGUUUAUGGAGUGGGAAGACAGUUCGAUAACACACUGAUACUAAACACGCAAUCGAUUCUCCGUGAGCUGGCCGAAUUAUCUCGGGACUUGACCGACGUGCUCAGGACUCAUUUCCCCGGUACUUUUAGCAAAGCCUCACGGAUGGCACAUCGGCUGGUCAUUUCAUAUCACCAUUGCGUGGUGCUAUCUACGCGUCCGCUCGUGAUGUGUGCGUUACAGAUGCAUGUCGAGAAUUCAGAUACCUUCCCCCCAGCGGUGGUCCCUUUGACAUCGACUGUGGCCUCACUCCUCAGUUCAUGCGUCGAAUCUGCCCAUACGAUCUUAAACAUGCUUCGAAGUCUAGACGAGGAAGGCUUGUUAGACGCCUUCUUACCCUUUCAACUUGACGCAGCGUAUUCUUCAGCGUUCAUCCUUCAUCUCAUUAAACUGAUCAGCCCAUCGCUUCUACAAGAUCAGUCUUGGUCUCAUGACAUAGAAUACAUCUUCGAUCGGAUGAUUGCAUCAGGGAGCGUAGUCGCACCAGUGCGGAAACUGGAACUACAACAACUGGAAAAUGCCAUGGCUGCUCUGAUACCCAGCGCCGAGCAAUCUUGGGGUCUCGCUCCGCGAGCAGGUUAUUUACAGGAACAGAACUUUUCAACGGAUGAUAUCUUUCGAGAUCCGUUCUGGCAUACAAUUACUUCUAACGGAGUGUCUGGGCUUUUGCCGCAGGAGAUUUUGGACUUGGCUGACCGGUUAGACGUAGAGGAUGUGGCUUCUACGUCAAGUCAAUAA